UUUUACGAAAAUCGCAAGACAACACGCCAAAUUCUACAAGCGUAUGUUCUAAUUUUAAUUCCAGGCAAUCUCGAUGAAGUGCUCGACUUGAAAUUGACCCUCAGUGAUUAUAAAAUUACCGAAAUUUACGUGGUCGCGAAAGGUACCAUCGGCUUGGCGCAGACCUUUUCCUCGAGUGACAUUAUGGCCUUGAGAAAGGAGGAAGAAAGGAAACAAAUGCAUGCUAAAACGGGUGGUGGUGUGUUCAACUUAAUUUUCAAAAAAGGAAAGUCGAGUACAGGAUCUGGAUCGUUAUCAAGUGAAAAUCGAUCCAUAUCUCCUGUACACAGCGACGAUUCCCGAUCAGUUACCCCACCCUCGGUUCAACCGUCACUACCUAAAGAGCGGGUCCCUCACACAGAAAGGCCAAAACCACCUGUUAGAAAAAGAAGACCUGCACCUAAGCCUCCCCAAAAGACCGAAAUCUCCCCAAACAAACCCCCCAGUCAAGUCAGCACCAAUUCUGACCCUUCCACCAUUUUGGAUUUGCAACCCAAAACGAUGGAAAACGGUCUGACCAUUUGUCAUUCAAGGAAUAGCAGCGAUAGUUCGGGUUAUCACGAACCGUCGGUUUUAAGUGAGAAUUGUAAUAACACGUCGCUGCCCAGGAGGCCGAAAUCCACGGUGAUCAAUGUCGUCGGGAAGGAUAGAACUGAUAAAGGUUUGAGGGAGAGUCAAGAAGAGGAAUCUGGAAAUUUGUCCAAAAUGGCGGGCCAUUCCAAAUCCCUGUCCAGUUUAGUAGCAGGUCGGAAAAAAAGGGCGGCACCUCCACCUCCUCCUGGUCUGAAAACUACGACAUCGACUGCAACCUUGGAAAAAGUUGCGCCAUUAGAUGUGACGGUUACAAAGCGUACCGUAGUAGAAAAACCGAGACCUGAACCUUCGACCCCUAAAAUAAGCGAAAACCCUAGUCCUGUAAUUGCUAGUCCUACUUUCGUAGAUAAAUCAGAAUCACCUAAACCCACCCCAAGAAGUAGAAAUUUAUCAGACGAAGUAGUCGUAAAACCAUUGCCUCGAUCUAGAAAAGGUACCAACGACUUUGUUCACACAAAUUCCGGCGAAGAAAGUAAGGUCGAUGUUAUUCAUGCCAAAAAAGAGACAAAUUUGGAUCCUAUUAGAAGUGAAACAAUAACUGUGACCCGUCAAGAAAAACAUGAAGAUAAAGAAACUGAAGAAACAAUCACGUCCACUCGUACAAAUAGAAAGGUGUCUUUGGGACGUAAAAGUGGUUUCAAGAUAGGAGCUUCGUUGUUUUCUGUCGAAAUAGACGUAGAAAACAAUAAUUCGCCGACCUACGAUAAAUUGUCUCUUUGUAGCACCUCAGACACAAGUUCACUGAACUCAAAAUUGGCAGAAGCCAUAAAUCAAUUGGAUUGCGUAAACGAUUAUGAUUCCAUAGACGAUUUGGACAUCGAAAUGUUUAAGGAAUCUGUGUCCAAGAAUUCGAAAAGGUCCAAGCGAAUUUUGGACGAAUUAUGUGGAAUACACGACUUGGAAUCCAAAUCCAAUAUAAGGGAAAAUCUUUCUUUAACCAGCUUGUCGAAUGAAAUAGUUCCCGGUUACGCUUCGAAUAUGAAAAAAUGGAAAAACUUCGAAGAUUUGGAUGAUAUUUCCUCGGUGGCUGAAUGUAACAGCUUACAGCACACUAACUGGGUUGUUGGCAAUGCUAGUGAUACAGGCAUGUUUCUUGUAUUAAUACUAACAAAUCAUUCAACAAUUUCACCAGAAAAAGGAAAAUGGAGGCCUGGAGGAGGCAGCGGUAAGAACUGCAUCACCUACAGUUCGGAAAACACGACGAUGAUGCAUAUCACUGAGGACACUCCACCAGAUAUGCUAGCUGGAGCGAUGGAUCUGAUAGUGCACUUGCCCACUAACAGAUCUGUCAAGAUGUCAGUGGAAAGAAGUACUCCAAUGAUGGACCUGCUCGUCCACAUAACAUCUGCCCAUCAGCUCCAGCUUUCUAACCACAUCAUUCAAGCGCUUGAGAUGGCUCCGUCAUCUGAAAGGAGUGACAAAGUUCUUCCGUACAAACCCAAUACACCAAUAGGUGCUCUGGACACCCAGCACAUAAAAGUGAUCGCAAAAAACAAACCUGUAUCUAUUCCAAAAAAUUUACCACCCGGUUAUCAACCGUUCGAAAGCACGUUUCGGUUGCAAGUUCAUCUGCCCAGAAACCAGUUGUACGUUAUUAGGUACUUAACUUAUCCCAAANCUAGUCCUGUAAUUGCUAGUCCUACUUUCGUAGAUAAAUCAGAAUCACCUAAACCCACCCCAAGAAGUAGAAAUUUAUCAGACGAAGUAGUCGUAAAACCAUUGCCUCGAUCUAGAAAAGGUACCAACGACUUUGUUCACACAAAUUCCGGCGAAGAAAGUAAGGUCGAUGUUAUUCAUGCCAAAAAAGAGACAAAUUUGGAUCCUAUUAGAAGUGAAACAAUAACUGUGACCCGUCAAGAAAAACAUGAAGAUAAAGAAACUGAAGAAACAAUCACGUCCACUCGUACAAAUAGAAAGGUGUCUUUGGGACGUAAAAGUGGUUUCAAGAUAGGAGCUUCGUUGUUUUCUGUCGAAAUAGACGUAGAAAACAAUAAUUCGCCGACCUACGAUAAAUUGUCUCUUUGUAGCACCUCAGACACAAGUUCACUGAACUCAAAAUUGGCAGAAGCCAUAAAUCAAUUGGAUUGCGUAAACGAUUAUGAUUCCAUAGACGAUUUGGACAUCGAAAUGUUUAAGGAAUCUGUGUCCAAGAAUUCGAAAAGGUCCAAGCGAAUUUUGGACGAAUUAUGUGGAAUACACGACUUGGAAUCCAAAUCCAAUAUAAGGGAAAAUCUUUCUUUAACCAGCUUGUCGAAUGAAAUAGUUCCCGGUUACGCUUCGAAUAUGAAAAAAUGGAAAAACUUCGAAGAUUUGGAUGAUAUUUCCUCGGUGGCUGAAUGUAACAGCUUACAGCACACUAACUGGGUUGUUGGCAAUGCUAGUGAUACAGAAUCAAUUGCAUCAUAUAAUAAAAGACAGACAUCCGUGGGAAGUAUUGAAUCCGUACAAACUCCUGAUGAACCUUCCCCUAAGAAAAUCGAAAUCAAUAAUACUGAAUAUGCACCCAAAGAAAACAAAUCUGUUGCCAAAAUAACCAAAUCUAACUUAGACGAAACGAAUAAUUCAGAAAUUAAAAGUAAUAAAACAAUAAAUACAAUACAGUCUAUCGAAAAGGAAACAAUUGUUGAAAAUAAACAGUUGAAACCAGAAAAUCAUGUAAUAUUAACGAAAGAUACAGCUACACAGUCUGAUAGUCAAGUACAAAAAGUCCACGAAGUCGAAUUUAAACCCACUGUAGUUGAAUCCAAACAUCCUCAGUCCACUUUGGAAAUCAAAAAUGAUCAGGUAGAGACCAAUCGAAAUGAGACAAAGUCACCUACUAUGCCGGAACUAGUCGAAAAACUUGAAGAGUUGAUUAUCCCAAAUCCACCAUCCGAAUUUCUACUUCCGGACACUUUUGACAACGUAAAUGUAAAUCCUAUAGAAUCCGAAUUAGACAUCGAUUGGCAGUAUCAGUUGCCACCACCACCCUCCGCGUUUAGGGAUGAUUGCUCUUCUAGUCUGGCCGAUGCAACAAAUUACGAUACCAUAACUCUAGACGGUUCUAAAACGAUCGAUUCGAUCGUUAGUCAGUCCGAAUUAUUUGAAAAAGCUUCGAAAACACACGACAUCUCACAAAUGAGUGAUGCCACAAGUGUGCAAAGCGAAGACGAAAAACAAAUUUACAAUAAAUUGUCAUUGGAAAACCUAGAAAAGCGAAAGUCUUUGGUGUACAACAGGGAACUAACCACAAGUCUGAAGAUGGCCUGUGAUUCCGAUUCAGAUGCAAAUAGAGAAGAAGCACACAAAAAUUUUCAGUCUCAAUUCGAAAAGAAACAACCCCAAAUCGAUGCCAAUUUGCCAAACUUUAAAAUAACCACCUACGAUAAUCCAAAAAAGAAAAUUAAUAUCUUUGAAGACGACAGCAUCCAUAGUAACACAGAAUUAAGUAUAACGAAGAAAAAUAAUCUGUUAGAAGGAAAUGAAAACCAAAAGGACACAACUGACACGUCCAGUGUUUUGGUUAAACCAGAAAAUAUUCAAGAGCCAGAGGUGAAACAUCAAUUUAAAAAGUCUAACGAUCUUUCUAAUGGUAUCUUGCGGUCAGAAUCGUUCACAACAAAUAAUAUUAGCAAUCGUGGUACCAAUAACAAUAACAGGUACUUUAGAAAACCGAGUAAUCCUGUUAAAAGGUCCAAGUCUCAGGUGGCAUUGAAUAGAUAUAAGGAGGACCAAAAGGAAGAGGGUGAAAAUGGACAGUUGUUGAGAGCCAACAGUUUAUAUGAUGUGUCCGGCUUGCAAAGUCUUGAGGUGAUGAGAGUAAUACAAAACAAACUUAAUCUUUCGAAUGAACAUUGGAACGAUCGGACCCAAAACAAACCAGAAUCUUCCAACAAGGACAAUCAGCGUCCUGUAACAGUACAAACACUCCCAGAGCACACUGAAGCUCAACCAAUUCGUCAAAAUCAUCAAAUAGAUACUCAAACUCCAAAACCAGAACCUCCCAAAGAACCAAAAAAGGCUUACUCAUACCAAGGUCCACCCUCGAUAUGUUUAAGCACUUGGUCAGAAAGACCUAAAACGCAAAUAAGUCUUAAAGAAGACACCGAUUACAUCGUCAAUAACAAAAACAACAUAAAUUCGUUGAAGAACGCGAGUAAUAAUAAUUCUAUUUCACGUUUUUCAAACGUCCAAACACCAGAAUCCACGUUCAAAGUUCAAAGACAACAGUAUGGAGAUCAAUAUAACAGGGGUGUAAAUAUCAAGGUUAACGAAACUGAAGUUUCGUCAAGAUUAAGAUCCUCAGAGGCUGAAGAUCAAGGUCUGAACAAACCCAGAUACAACAGGAACGUUUCAAACACUUUUAUAAACUACAACAGUAGGAAGCCUUUGGGAAAUGUCAACGAGAAAGCUCCUAGACCACAUUCGAUAGCCUUCGACUCAUCAUUCGAUAUAUCCAGGGUGCCCAUAGUGAGAUCGGUUGAACUCAAGAAGGACAUACAAUUGGUGAAUAAUUCACAGUCAGAACCGAUUGGAAAUGAUAAAUACUCAGAUAUAUACCAGAGUUCUGAGACUCUGAACGAACUGAAUCAACUCAAAAACAAGAGGAGCACUUUCUACGUUGGUUCCAAUCAGCCCUUCGUCAAACCUGUUACGAGGAUAAAUAGCUUUGGACCUGCUCGACAGGCUCCGACAGUUAUUGGCUUUCGACAGCCAUCAGAAGUCAAUCCGCCUCCUGUGGAACCCAAACCUAACAAGACCGCCAGCUUUCGUUCGUCUCAAACGUAUAUUCAACCGAAAGAAGAAAAUUCUUCUUCGAAUGCUAACGUAAACAAGAGACACACAAUAUUUGGGGAUGUUGUUUUGAGAAAAACGACUAAUUUUCCCCAUAACACUGCUCCUGUCGCCACUCACAGACAUUCAGAAAGCGAUUUUGGAAACAGGCAAGUUUACAAUGGGAAGGCCGAAAUAAGAAUUUCAACAGUUCCGCCCCCACCACCGCCUCAGCUCCCGAAAAUUACUAGUCUUACUAAGAAGUCAACCCCCACGAGCCUGGAAAGUAGCGGGGACUCCCGGGCCGAGUUGCUGGACGCGAUAAGAACGUUUGGGGGUAAGAAAAACCUUAGACAUGUAAGGGCCUAAAAAUAAUAUUAAAAAAUGCAUAAGUAAUUAAUAAAAAGUACUGAAACGUG